GACAACGUCAAUGCUCUCGUCAAAAAGAAGAGUCUAACCUCCAGUGGCCACGAGGACCUGGAGGUCAUCAUAAAAAUCCUUCUCAACAUCGGAGGUCUAGCACUCCCUCUCGGGAGCGAACGACAGACACGGAUCAUUGUUUAGUAAAAUCUCCACCAUCUCCUGUUCCUGUAAGUAGACAUCAGGAGGAUGAGGUCGUGACUUCCUCGGAUGAAAAUAACUCCACUUUAUCUCCUGGACUGAUUUCCAAUGUUGAACAAUCCGCGAGUGAUUUGGGUAAAGACAACUCCAAGAAACUGCUUAUCGGACCCAGCCGUGCGUCAACACAUAGUGGAGCUAAUCUAUCCGAGGAUCGAUCAAGCGCCGGUUGGACCGACGAAGACAUAGAAGGAGAGGACUUCAUCAGC